ACACAAUGUCCCUGGCCAGGGCUCGAACCCGGACCGCUCGAUCUGGAGACAAGCACACUAACCAUGAGGCCGCCGUGCCUCCCCUUACAUGUGCAUACUCUUUAAUCUUUGCUGCUUUGGGAAUUCAAUUUGUUUAUGAUGCGAUUUACAACAUGCAUUUUCAAACCAAUUUAUGCUAGUCUGGUGUCAUCAUGCAUAAGGGCUAUUGAGGAAUGACUGAAGCAUUGGCAAUUGUGGCUAUCCCCUUCCCCCCUCGACAUACACACAAGAGUUUUGUGGGCCACUGAUGUUAGGCAAACAAUUGUUUUAAUGUGCUAGUGGAUACAGUCGAGAGCUUUUAGUGCAUUAUUGGUUCAAUUGCUGUCAAAAAUUGGUUGUGGUGUGUCAAGACCACAAUAAAGAUAUAGUCAGAGCUCUCUUAGGUGAACACCGUGGGAAUUUGAACAAGUGACAAUACCUAGAGCUGAUCCUUUCCAACAACUAUCUCUUUUAAGUGACCACACACUUAAACUACAGAGAUUAGUCACUUACCAGAAGUUUUAGCAUAAAGGUUUGUACCUUAGCCUCAGGGUAAAAAUCAUUCUUCAGCCAGUCAUCUUGAAUGUUUAUUUUGAAAUCUUCAUCAACAACCAUUAGCAAUGUUAUAUUGUUUGUGACCAUUAACAACAAUAAGAAUCUUUGAGUGGUCAUUUACGAGAGCUGAAAUAGGGGAAACAAACAUUGAACAGCCACUUCCAAGAACCUUCAGAUAUCGGGUUAAAGUGACAGUUCAAACAAGAUUAAUUCAUAAUGGUGGUUGUUAAUGACGCAGGUAGAGCUUCGACUGUAUUUAGUCUUGCAAAGUCUUGAACUUAACAAUCAAACCUCUCAGAAGGAAAGAAAUCAAAGUGUUUGUGGGAAUCUAAUCUAAAUAAUUUCUAUUGAAAAGUAUGGCUUUCAGGUACAAGAUAAUAGGCAAGGAUUUGACUGAUUAAAUCUGUGCUAAAAAGUAUGCAAUUAUAUUUUCAGUUUGUCCUAGAUUUGUCUCUAAUGUUUUUUGUUCGACUGCCAACCAUGGUUUUUACCAGGAUUUGAUACAUAUGUUCCAAACUUUCUAUUAGGCCAUUGCAAGUCCACAGGGUUACACACUAUAAGCAGGACUACACUUGGUCAGUAAAAUCUUUUCAAGUAACUUUAUUUUGAAAGUCAUCAAUCCAAUUUAAACACUGUCGGGAUUUCACGGUGCUUACUUUCCCUGAGAACUUGGUACUAAUACAUCAGACUUACAUUAUUUAAGUUUGCUUUAAUUAGUUGUCUCCCAAAAGUUAUCUCUUCCCUUCUAAACUGUUAACAUCUAUUAAGUAACAUGCUUUUUCAUUUCUUUUCUUUUUCAAAAUAUAUACUGCAAGAUAACUUUACAGUAGUUGGUUUAAAGAGGAUGUUACAUAUUUACAUAUAGAAUUGAGAGUAAAAAUGAAAAGAUUUUAAUUGCGCAUGUUAUUAAAUCUAACAUUGCCAGCAGCUGAAACUUGACUGAGCAGGUGUUUUUUAAAAAAAAAAUUUUUUUUUUACAAAUAUGCAAAUUUUAAAGAUGAAAAUGUUUACCCUCAGGCAGUGGGUAGGUCUAGAUCUGUGUUAAGAUUGUUUUAAUUGGUUGAAGAAUUUCCAGGUUCAGUUGCCUUUUAAUGUGCCUAGAAUGUUGACUUAGAUAAUUUUUUCUACUGAUUUUGUGAUCAUUAAAGUAAUCAGUUCUGGUCAAAAAAUGUAGAAAUAUAUCAAAUAAAAAUUUGCCCCGUUCAUUCUCAAAUUAACAUCAGUGGUAAAGGUUUUUUCAGUGCUGUCUGCUGACAGCUCGAAUAACCUUUGACAGUUGUCACGUGACUUCCACUACUAUAUAAACACGUGAAGGUCCCCCGAGCCAAGUUCUAAUUUGGUCGUGGGAACAUAUUGCGUUUUGCAUAUUUUCAAACUUUUCAGGACUGCCAAAAAAAACCUGUAUCUAUUGUACCUAGAAAGGUCUACGUCAGUUCAGAGGCAUUUUCUCAGGCGAUGAACUCUCAGCUUUGAGGUCUUUCAGCGGUUGUCAAGUGAAAACUCAAGAUAAACAGGGAAAAGGAAAUAUUGACUGAACGACCGCGAAGAAUCCAAAAAACAAUGUGAGUUGGUUAACAAGUCAUGAAACGGAUAAUUCCGUAUCAAGGGGUAUCAAUGGCGUUUCUGAACAGCUAGUUGAGAGACGGUACCCUUUUAUCCGAGGUCUACUUUCGGUAAGCUAAUCGGGAUGAGUGUUUCAGCAGAAAAGCAGACCCAUCUAAGCGGCCAUAAGUGGCAUAUAUCACGACUAGAAUUUAGUCCUGGUGGACUGCAUCUCGCGUCAAGUAGCUGGGAUAAAACCGUGCAGAUAUGGGAUCUCAGUACAUUGGAAUCUGUGUUUGUUUUACGGCACCAUCGAAGCCCUGUAACAUGUCUUUCAUGGCAGCCAGGAGCGACGUCCACGGGUUGCCUUGGUGUGCUCGCAUCGGGUUCCGCAGAUAGCACAGUGGCGUUGUGGAGAGGAGAGACAGGAAAACUGCUGCAGUCUCUUUCACCUCAUAAAGGCUGGGUGUUAGGCACAUCCUUCUCAAGCGAUGGAACUUUGUUGGCCUCUGCCGCUUGGGACAAGACUGUGUGUCUGUCGGAUGCUCGCACGGGUCAAAUGUUGCAGAGACUUACUGGCCAUACGACAGGUGUAUGGACUUGUGGGUUUCAACCGAGUUCUGGAUUACUUUGUUCAGGGGCAGAUGAUGGUUCAUUGAGGAUAUGGGACACACGGACAGCAACUUCCGUGAUGUCUUUGAUAGGAGGACAUGAAGAUAGCGUUAAAUGCUGUGCGUGGUCACCCGAUGGCGAAUAUAUCGCUUCUGGAGGUGCAGAUAGUAAGAUUUCUUUGUGGGAACCAAGAAGUGGAACUCUGCUCAUUAAAAUUCGUGGACAUGAGGACUCUGUAAAUGAGGUGCAGUUUUAUCCAGUGAUCAGCAGCAAAUCAGUUCCAAUCAUCUUUUCUGUUGGCGACAACUCAUGUCGAGUGUGGCAUCCCUUAAGAAAACGGGGCAAACAGCUUCAGAUGAUCAAACAGCACAGGCUGGGAUUAGAGGUGGAGGCCCUAGCUCUGUCCCCUGAUGGGACCCUGCUGGCCACAGGAGCACGUGACAAAGACAUUGUGUUGUCCUCACUGGAUGUCUCUCUCACUGAGGUUGAUGCUCUUCCGAUUGAAGAUCAAAAUGAAGCUGCCAUUAACUAUGGCGCUACAUUAUGGAAGAAAUACACCCGCAAAGUGAUGCAAAGAAUAAUUAGUGAACCUGCUGGUACCGUGAGGGAACAAAGUGAUGACUCUUCUCAGUCUUCAGAUAAUCCAAAAAAUACAGCAUCUUUGGUUGGUCGUGCUGUGCACAAGACUGAAGCCAGGGCAAAAGAAAAUGCUAUAGAGAAAGGAGUUAUUAUAAAUGUCAAUGAAACUGAUAAGGAUGCUCAGUCAGACGGCCUUUUAAGAGAGCAAAAGGCAAGAUUACGCAAAAGUGCACGACCUGAUAACCCUGCAGGUGACGGUAAUGUCGAUGGUUCAACAAAUGAGUUAGAAGAGGUGCGCCAACAGCUACGUCAUGUACAACUUGACAGUCAGAAACAUAAUGGCUACGUGAAUGGUCAUCACCAUGUGGAUACAAAUGGUAAAAGUCCUGUCUUUGUUGAAAAUGGAAUAUAUGAUAAUGGUGAGAUAUCUCCCAAGAAAAAUGGAUAUCAGAGUCAUGGCGACAGCUCAAGUGUCAGCAGUAGCAGUUACUAUGGUGAUAUUGAGGAUGUUGCCAAGGAAAUAUAUGAUCUUGCAAACCACGUAGAAGAUGCCAGACUUUAGACAAAUCUAUUUGGGUUUACUUAAUUUUUCUAAUAUAAUUUCAGGUACAGUACUGUUAACAGACAGGUUUCACCAGGUCAAGUAACAAUGACAUACAGCUAACAUGAAUAUAAUGCUGAAUCAGUGCAUAACUUAACAUUCUCCUAUUUUGGCAGAGUCAUGAAAUGAAUGAACACCGCUUAUAAACAUAGUUUUUGUAGUUUUAUAUAAAAUUCCUGAUCAUUGUUCAUGUUCUUGUUCAAGAACAACUCCACAGUUUAUAAUGCACAUAAGUAUGUACUUGUACAUAUGAUUGACUUUUUCAAAAGUGCAAACACUGUGCUUGCUUCACCUUCAGUCAGCAAAAAGAAGUGCAUCAGGUGCAUGUUCUGGCAUGUGUGGCGGCUUCUCAUAUGCAGACCCAGUGUCUUAAAAAUGGCUAACACAUAAUAAAGUACAGUUCCAUAUAUAAUUCUCAUUUUGUCCAUAUAAUUCACUUGAUAUUUCUAACAAAAUUUUUAACAAGACUAAAAAAGUUUAAAAGAUAAAAAAAAAAGACUAGAAAAGUUUUGAAAAGUUUACUUUUCAAAGUCUUUUAAAUGUCUUUAGCCCUGUUAAGACUUUUGCUAUAAUUCUCAUUUUGUGGGAUAAGUUUUAUUGCUUAGUAUAAAUACAACAUUGCAUAUCUUACAUACAACACUGAACACACUUAACACAUGACAGGUAUUUUUAUGAGCUUUCACAUUGGGUGUUAAAACAGAUUAUCUACACAGUCAUGCACAUGUCAUGGUUAAUGCUCACAAUUUUGUUUGAUUUACAAGUUGACGGCAUCUUAUGUGCUGGCAUUGAUGGCAUGUCUCUGGUACAUUUAGAUGUAACAUUAGAUGUUAGAUGUCACACUUUUCAAAUUAGUAAAUAGUGCUAUUGAGUCCUUACCCUUGGCAAGCAGAUCCAGUAAUAACGUCGCUAGAAAAGCUUUAAAAAUUGUAGAGAUUAUUUAUUGUUGUACAAAAAUGCUUUUCCUUGAAAGUGGUUUAUGAAAAAGAAUAAAUAAUAUUGAACCAUAACAAUAGAGAGCUACUAA